GCACGGGGAAGUGCUACGAACUGUUUGCAUGUAGUCAGUCUUUACUGCAAUGCAAUUGUGCAUGUGCAAAAUCAAAAUUCUAUGAUAAAAUACCUAUAACCCAUUAUGAUUAACAAGGGUCCUCUAUGGAAAAGAGUGCGGUCUUACGCUGGACCGGUUCCGAGAGCGAGGCAUGGGCACCGGGCCGUGGCCAUACGAGAGCUGGUGGUUGUGUUUGGAGGUGGAAACGAGGGAAUAGCGACCAAUCUGCAUGUUUAUAACUCUGUGACCAAGCAGUGGUUCCUACCAGCAGUGAGAGGUGAUAUCCCACCUGGUUGUGCCGCUCAUGGCUUCGCUUGUGAAGGCACACGGAUCCUGGUGUUUGGUGGGAUGGUUGAAUUUGGCCAGUAUACCAACAGUCUCUAUGAACUGCAGGCCAGUCGAUGGCUGUGGAAGAAACUGAAGCCCCGCCCACCGAGGAACGCAUCACCUCCAUGCCCACGAAUUGGCCACAGCUUCACUCUUCAUGCUAAUAAGUGCUACCUUUUGGGUGGAAUGGCCAAUGACAGCGAAGACCCAAAUGGAAAUAUACCACGGUAUUUAGAUGACUUCUACGAGCUGGAGCUGCAGGCCCAAUCCGGGGUUAAAGGCUGGAGCAUUCCUGAAACAAAAGGUGGAGGCCCGUCAGCCAGGGAAUCCCAUAGUUCUGUGAUGUACUGUGGCAAGGGUGGCAGUGCCCCAAAGCUCUACAUAUUUGGGGGCAUGUGUGGGCACAGACUGAAUGACUUGUGGCAGUUAGACAUUGAGACUAUGACUUGGUCAUUGCCUCCAACCAGAGGGGAACCACCACUACCCAGGAGUCUGCACACCUCCAAUGUGAUUGGAAACAAGUUAUAUGUGUUUGGAGGAUGGGUUCCCGUCGGAGAGGCAGAAGAGACUCUCGCUGCUGAUGGAGUCAAGUGGAUCUGCACCAACUCCCUUUCCAUACUAAACCUUGACACACUGACAUGGCAUAACCUGACACUGGAAGAAGACCAGCAGGGAUUGGCUUCAGGCGUACAGUCGGUGGAACAGGAAGAGGGCAGUGCACACUGGCCCAGAGCACGAGCUGGGCACUGCGCAGUAACCGUCGGCACUCGUUUAUAUGUCUGGAGCGGGCGAGACGGAUACAAAAAGUACAAUAACUACCAAGUCUGCUGCAAAGAUCUGUGGUACCUGGAAACAGAGAGGCCUUCCACUCCUGGUGCGGUGUUUCUUGUGAAGUCCACCAUCAGUAUUCUGCAUGUCGCCUGGCGGCCCCUGCCUGCGGCUGAGUGUUACUUGCUUCAAGUGCAGCCGGUCACGUCUCCUCAUUCUGCUUCAGUUGAACCACAGUCCACAACAACUCCUCCACCAGACCCAGGAGACAGAAAGGAGCCUAUGCAAAAAGUUAAAGGAGAGAGAGAAUCUUCAUCACAGGAAAGCCUUUUGAGGCCAGAAGGAACGAGUGAGGAUAGGGCAGACAUUCGACCAACAGGGGACAAAGAUCAAAAAGGUGUUUCCGUGAUGCCAUCAGACAUGAAUAAGGCUGGUAAGCUGAAUAGUGCACCUCAGUGUCAGAAAGAACGAGAAAUCUCUUCAAUACCAUCCCGACAGACUGAAAUUACAAAGGAGUCUGUUUGGUUUGAUGUGGGUGUGUUUAAAACACUGUAUUGUGAGGUUACACACUACUUCCUGCCCUCUGAGAAUGGUGACAUGGCCUCAAUCCUGUCUUCCCGAAACUCUUCUGACAGUGAGUGGAAGUUGCCGGGUCCUCAUAGUUUCACGGGUCACGAGAAGCAGGAACUGGCCUCAGGAGUCACAUACAAGUUCAGGGUGGCCGGACUGAACAGCCGUGGCCUGGGCGACUUCAGUCCCGUCAGCGAGUUUAAAACCUGCCAGCCUGGAUUUCCCGGGGCUCCGUCUGCUGUGAAAAUCACCAAGGACUCUGACUCUGUGCACAUCACCUGGGAGCCUCCCACCUCUCUGUCCGGGAAGAUAUUGGAGUAUUCGAUGUACCUGGCUGUGAGGAAGAGUCGAGGGAACAGCGUGGAGCGACCCGGGGAGCUGGCCUUCAUCCGAAUCUACCGCGGUAUCAAGACUUCAUGCACAGUCAGUGAAGCCCAGCUGAGCAACGCACACAUCGACUGCUCGGCACGGCCUGCCGUCGUCUUCCGAAUCGCUGCCAAGAACGAACAGGGCUACGGUCCCGCCACUCAGAUCCGCUGGCUGCAAGACACGAGUAAACUGAAAUCGUCAGUGACCCAGGCAGACUCCAGUGCUCCAGCAGCAGAGCCUGACACCACCUGCAGAUGAACUCUCACCCCCGAUGGAUCGCACUGACAGCCAAAGCUCUAAUACUUCAGGACUGCAUUUUACUCUUUAUCGUUACACAAGGCCUUUUUAAUAUAGCCCAUUUAGUGACUCAAAGUGAUCUCAGUCCACUGCUUUGAUUGACUGUUAAUGUCAUGGCAUUGUUUACACUGUAAGAGUUUUAGUUAAAUAAUACCCCUACUGGGUCAUUAUUACUGUUAAAUCAUGUACAUUUUACUUUAACACUUUUUAUACUGAGUUCAUAAAUAUAGUUUUAUUAAACUGUUGUAGCCACUGGCAACACUU